UUUUUAUUUUACCAUAAAUCAUAAUGUGAAAUCAAAUUGUCAGCCAAAUCAUCAGCUCGCGUUUUCAUUUCACAAUUUGUAUUAUAUUUUGCUUUAAUUUUCUCAGUUUUUGCUCAUAGAACAAUAAAUAAAAGUGCAGUGAAAUGGAUCGGUUUAUAAGUAUGUGGAAAGUUCGGGAGUUGGCGGAUAAAGUCACGAACGUGGUGAUGAACUACACGGAAGUGGAAGGCAAGGUGCGCGAGGCCACGUCGGAUGAGGCGUGGGGUCCCACGGGCCAGCAGAUGCAAGAGCUGGCGCUGGCCACCUUCACCUACGAGCACUUCCCCGAGGUCAUGUCCAUGCUGUGGCGCCGCAUGCUGCACGACAACCGCUCCCACUGGCGCCGCACCUACAAGUGUCUGUUGUUGCUGAGCUACCUGGUCCGCAACGGAUCGGAGCGAGUGGUGACCUCGGCCAGGGAACACAUAUACGACCUGCGCUCACUGGAGAACUACACCUUCGUCGACGACUUGGGCAAGGAUCAGGGUAUAAAUGUGAGACAUAAAGUGAGAGAGCUGAUCGACUUCAUCCAGGACGACGAGAAGCUCAGGGAAGAGAGGAAGAAAGCUAAGAAGAACAAGGACAAGUAUAUUGGUAUGUCGUCGGAGGCGGUGUCGUUGGGCGGUCGCGGGGGAGGCGGGGGAGGGGGCUGGGGGGAGUACAGCGACCGACACGCCGCCAACUGGCCAGAUGAGCCUAAAGAGAGAAACGAAGAAGAUGACUAUGAGAGAGAAGACUCCGAUGGGGACGGGGAUUAUGGUCACAGGAAACCUAAUAGAUAUAAAAACAGAGAGAACGUAUAUCGGGACUCGGAGGUGGUAGAGGAGGGACCCCGCGCGGAGGACAAGGCCGACAAGGAGAGGGAGCGGGACAGAGACAGGGCCGACAAGGAGAGGGAGCGGGACAGAGACAGGGCCGACAAGGAGAGGGAGCGGGACAGAGACAAGCCGCUCAGCAUCAGUCUGAGGAGUCCGGCGCGGGUGAAGCCGAGCACGCCCAUCAAGAAGAUAGACCUAGGUGCCGCGGCUCGGUACGGCAGGAGCGCGAGUCCCGCCAGCGCCACCAACAACCCGCAGGAGCUGUUGGACGACCUGUUCAAGACGUGUGCCCCGUCCGCUGACGACUCCACCGGCGCCACGCUGCUAGAAGAUGACUUCAAUCCGAGAGCGGAAGAAGUAAAGAGUAAAGAGAGUGAGUUUGGUGACUUCGCAGCCGCCUUCGUCGACGAAACUCCCGCCGGCCCCGCCUCCGACGCGUUCGCUGAUUUCACGAGCGCCUUCGUCGAUACUGAUGCGGCUAACAAGGAGCCAAGUCCUGCGUCUAACGUGGACCUGUUGAGUGAACUGUCACCUCCGCCGCCCGCUGUCAACGUGCUGGCAGAGCAGCUUGCAACCACGCACCUCACACCCAUGACAGGCGGGAAGGUGCUAGAAACAUCCCCAGCCACCCGACGCCACCUUGAUGAACACAUACGUAUUGCUCUUGACACUCUGCUCAACGUGCCCAACAUCUCCACCGACCAAGAACACGACCUCAUUCAAAGUUGCUUCAAUAAAGUGAUCCAUUACUUGCCCGGACCUAUCAACCCGCAGAAACUGUUCCACAUACAGGAUUAUAUGUUUGACAGGGAUAAUAUGGACGCAUUUUCGAGCAUUUUUUGUGUUAUUAUUAAGAAUCUUCUGCCUAAGUGGCCAAUCCUCAAAUUAGAAAUUGUACAUUUGUUUUGUGUUGAAGAGAAGUUCGAUAUGAGCCUCGAAAGUCUGUCUACUCUUUGUGGUUUUCUUGGUGUGGAACAGAACUGUACUGUGCUAGAAGCCCUCGCUCACAUUAUUUUGCAGUACUGUAAGUCGGAUUCUCCAUUGACCGCUAUUAUUGAUUGUAGCUCCUCCAAUUUGGAAGGUGAAGAGAAAUGUAAACUAGAAGCAGACUGGGAGGGCUAUGUUCAGAUGCUGGUCACUCUGCCAGAGCGAGUCGCGAACAGGUUAGAGACUAACACGCCGAAGGAGUUCUCCCACGAGAACUUCUCUUACAUCCUCACGUUUCAAAUAGUUCGCGCGCUCGACUUACUCAGCGAAAGCAGCUUUGAAAUUGGUGUGAAGUUUGACCUGACUUACAUUGCUCACCUCGUGUCAAAGUAUGUCAUCAUCUACAACAAAACCGAGGCAUUCCAGUAUUUCAUAGAUGUCGUGAUUGGGUUUGCUCAUUGCGAGUCUCCCACAAAAUUUGUCAGAAGAAAGCUUAUUCAAACGUUAACAUAUCAUCUGAAUCGUCAGGCGAUUGAUCGAUUUUCUAUUUUAAUAUUUAAAAAUUCACCAAUCGAUUACAAAAGUGAUGAACAAACUGUUAAACAUCUGCUCGGCAACAAUAUUGAUAGCAAUAAGGAUUGGAACGAAAUACUGAUGUACAAGAUACCUUUCAAUGUUCACGUGAACGGGUUCAGGGACACAACACUUCAGGAAAACUUGAUAUAUUACAUCGCCACGAGUAAAGACAGUGUGAAUAUACUCUCAGAUUUGAUUCUGAGGCUGGGCAGAGUAUGGGCGGAUGUGAACUGCAGAAUUGCAGGAGAUAUCAGCCAACACAUGUACACCUCGAGUCUACUUCUCCUCGCUAUCAAGUAUCGGAUCGUCUUGAAUAAAAAUACGACGUGGGACUUGAACCAACUGAAGCAAGUUUUGUUUCAGGGCAUGUCCACUCAUCUGUCGAUCCUCACGCAGCAGUUCAGGUGUAUAGGAAUGGCUACAGUUGAACUCACAUUUCACAUGUUGGCAGAAGUCGACGAAACGGAACGGAACAUGGUGCAUCAUUUAAAAUUCGAUUACGCCGGCUUGGGGAAACGCUGUUUAGAAAUACACCAUAUUCUAAAAGAUACGACAAAGAAAUGUCUAAUAGAUGAGAAUAGAUCCAAAGAUUCGAAGCCGAAACCUAAAGUGAUGAACCUCAAUAAGAGUCUUGAUCUUAUCGCGUAUAAAGUGCACGACAUUGAGAGGCCGAUGGAGAACACUAUAGUGACGUGCGCAGUCAAGAGCGCGGCGCAGACCAAAGAGAUCGUAAAGACAAUUAUAUCUGUGAAGCUGGACGAGCUGAACAAGGGCGGGAAGGACGAAGAGCUGGACUCGGAUGACGAUCUACUACCGUACGACAUGAGCAACGAUGUGUCGGCGGCCGCUAAGAAGAGGCCGCGCUUCUUGAGGGACUUGCUGGAUAUGCUCAGAGAAGCUAACGACGUUGAAUACUUUGAGGCGUGUAUGCAGAGCGCGGAGCAGCUGGUUAACGAUAAGCUAAAGAAUGAAAGCAAAUUGCUAGCAAUCGAUCUGUUAGAUCUGUUCGUGCAUUUGGAUCAGAAAUUUCACGUUGCCAAUUUCGAUGAUCUGAGAUUCAACACGUCUGUCGCGAUAGUUUGCGCUCAACCUAAACCGUGUGCGGAGCAUCUGUGUAAAGAGCUUCACACUGACGUCGGAAGGUACUCCAUAGCGACGAAGAUAUUCAUGCUCGACGUUCUGUCCGAGGCGGCGAACAGGAUAGCCGAUGUGCGACCGCGUGCCGAAGUCAGUCCGAAGCCGGACGUGGUCACUAAGCCGGACGAGGAACUCGCCGCGGAGGAAGUCAUAAGACGGCGGCUUAUUAACAAGACUCGAUAUUUCCACUCCAAACGUCCGCACCCUUUUGCGAAAGCGAAACGCAACGAGUUCACGGCCGUCGCAGAUUACUUCUUCUAUCCGCUCAUCGGUGGCUUCGGGCACCGGCAGCUGACGCUGAGUCACCACAACAUCAAACAAGACGUCGACAACAUUCUGCUGAUGAAGUACCUGUCCGUGCUCGCCAAUAUCAUACUGGCCAGCAAGAACUGCCCCAAGUGUGCCGUCUACUGCAAGGAAGUGGUUCCCAUGAUCAUGUACCUGCGGUUCUCGCCCGACCCCAUGGUCAAGAGCUGCGUGAUCGGGAUCAUCGCUGCAAUGGUUAUGGCGCUGCCCGGUUCCGUCAUGAAGGACGAGUUCGCGACGCACAUGUCAGAGAUAUGCGCGUGGUUGAUAGACUUUUUGAACAAUGUCGAGUUGACGACGGCACUGGGCGAGGCCAAGUCCGAGGUGGCCGUGUUCGCGGCACAAGUGCUACAAAUGAUUGAUAAUGUACUGACGAGCUAGAGGCCGAUAACCAGGGAAACUGAAACGAUGGUCACAGCUGGGACUCGAAGCAUCUUGUGUGAAAAACCAGAACUAUGAUCAAGUAUACAAAAUGUAUGUACAUACCUCAAUGUCCAUAUUAUACAAGUUGGCAAUUAUUAAGUAAUAUUACGGACAUACAUGUAUAAAGGAAGAACAAAUUCUCAUUGUUUAAAACAACUCGUCGAAUGCUGUGAUCGGUCAAUUAGUUCACAAGUUUGUUUUACUUUGACAGAAUUUAGACCGAACGCAUGUCUUGUUCAGCUGCUAGUGUAGCGUGCUUAACAUUUUGGUGGCGACUAUCAGAUUGUAUGAGUUUCCUGCUCAGAGAUUCGGUUUCUUUACAAAUAUAUAACCAAUGUUGUACUUGUGUACUACACAUUUGUAGGGAAAAUCUGACAAAACAUUCAAUGACGUUCUAUAUGGACAUAUCAUUCGCAGUCUGAUAACGGAACGGCAAAAGUGUGCUUAAAGACAAUGUAAGCACACUUUUCUCCUUAGUCGUGUGUCAACUGUGUGUCAAUCAACAAGCCUAAGUGUGCUAUAAAAAGUGCUUAAAUAAUACAUUAACAAAUCAAAAAAAAGAUGGUGUGACUUAUCAUCGGUAAGCUUAUUUUAUUAUAUAAGAUUGAUAUGCAAAAAGCGGAAGUAAUUUGAUGAAACGAAUAUUUUUUCAUUAAAUAUGGUACAAUAUUAUUGACAAGUCCCCAGACAAGACCCGCUUAUCAGAAUGGGACAGAUGAAACGACACAAUCAGAAAUAUAUAGACGUAGCAGUUGAAGGUUAUUAUGGUGUCAUUUGUGGUAUGUACCAUAUUUCGGCUUUGAUUUUGUAUGGGGUGCAUUGUCUAUAUGUAUAGCACGUCAUUGAAAACAUUAUUAACUUUUAGUAAUAAUAAUUGUAUAUUUACAAAGGCUUACGUUAGAGGUAUACUCAGUUAUUUAGAAAUCGAACUAUGUUAUCAAUAUAAGUUCCUGUCUCGCACGUAUAAAGAAUGCUCACUCUCAAAUUACAAUUGAGAAGUGCUAAGCUGUUCAGAGAACUGUUAUGGUUUACCUCACAAGUAAAUACUCAUAUACUAUACUAAUAUCUGCAUAGUACUAAACAUUUGGUAUGAUUAUCCUCAAUAUUCGUAAUUAUAAAGAUACCUCCUUAUUCAUAAUGGUCCGCUAACUUAAAUAGCCGCUAAGGAGUGUUUUUUCUCAUUCUGACUUAGGUCAAUAGAAGAAGACAGAGUGAGAAUUAGCAAUGCUUUAAGUUAGCAGACUGUUAUGAAUAAGGGGGUUAAUCUAUUAAUGUUAUAAUAGCUAGUAGUGUUUAUAAUAGCUUUAUACUUGGAGCUCCACUAGUCCGCGAUAUGAGGACUUAAUUACUUUUAUUAAUUGGUCGCUAUGUACAUUGCCCUAAAGAAUUAAAUUCUCAUACUCUUUAUUUUAUUAGUGAUUCAUAGCUCUUAAUGCCCUGGAACGUCACCAAGUCUCAAAUUUUAAUUUUCUUUAUUUCUGUUAAUUUUUCAUAAUGACGCAUUUAUGUGGACCGUAAACUUUUCUUUUGUCUAUUCGGGUUUCUCGAAUGCAUGCAUUUCAUAUAAGAUAUUCUAAAUAUCUUGUUCUAAUAUAUAUCAAUUAAAAAAAAAAACUCUUCAAACGAGAUAUUGCACGUGUACAGAAUCCCUUUUUGUUUCUCAACACUCUUAUACAUUAACAGAUAUAGUAGGAAUUCUUGUAUGGAGUAUGGACUUGUUUUUUCUAGUCGGCCAAUGAUCUCUGAUUGUGGUGACGAAUUUUGGAGCUCGCUAAUUAAGAUGGCUAAAAGAUGCUAAAACAUCAGUGUGUAUCGAUGUCAUAAAAUUAGAUUAAGACGUAUGUGAUCAUUAAUAUUGCAGUGUCACAAUUUAUAUUACCUAUACACGUACAAUGGCGGAUAAUAUAUAGUUCUCUAAAUAUUAACUUUAAAAUGUGUAUAUUUUUAAUUUUAAUUAAAUAAUUUAAACUAUUUUCUUAUAUUCCAUGCUUAUUUAUAUAGCUAUUUUUAAGCAAGCCCUCUUUAGGGCAACAUAUUGCUGCAAUAUUUAAGUUGACCUUAAGCGAAUGUGGAAUGGUGGAUGUAAAUUGCAUCGCUCCCCGCGAUCGCACAACGAUCAACAAUCCACAUUUUUUAUUCCAAUAUGCAAAUUAAUCUUACGACUAUAUUAUAUAUAAUAUUACGAUGAUUUAAAUACAUUGUAUUAUAUUAAUCAUUGGGUUUACUAAACUUGUUGCGGUGGAGACUUAGCGUCUACUCGUGACACUGGCCAGAAAAAUCACUUUCAUUUAGAUUGUGAAAUUUUCGUAAAAAUAUACCCAAUAGUUUUUAAAAUAUAUUACAGUAUGUUUUAUAAAAAAUAUUAUUAUUCAUAUAUCAGACUAUUAAGAGAAAUAGUCUAGUUUAACAUUAACUUUUUGCCACAAUUUAUAUCACAGGUAAUUAUUUAGUUCCAAUGGGACAUAUUUACGGGAAGUUUGUUUAAUGGUUUGCGGGAAUCAAUUUGUUUAUGGUUUCGAAUUUUUUUGACGAUUGUCCGUUAGCAUCUGUAAUGUUAUAGUGAAAUCAAUCGAAAAUUAUCGGUGAUGUAUGUAUUUUGAAUGUUAAAUUGCUGAUGUUGUAUUUAAACAACUUAAUUACAAACUGAUCAGCUUGAAUAUGUCACUAUUGUUAAGUAGUAGGUCAUGAUAGUGAUUUAUUCAGAGGACCAGUUUGUAGGCGGUCGAGGUUCUUAAUCGGACUUUCCCCCGACUGAUCACUACUAUGAGGAACAUUAAAAUGUGUUAGUGAAUUAAUUGACUUUGAUGUCAAGAAUUUUUUUUCGAAAAAUUAUUAAGUAAUUUUAUAAAUUAUUUAGGUAAUCGCAGUGAUAUCUGUGAGCGCGUCGCGCACGUGGCGUAACUCAUCAUAAAUGACAUAUUACGCGAUGUAUUUUGUAAAUACUUUGGUAAAAAAUACAACUUAUGGUUAUGGCAGCCAUUUUGGACACGACUGACUGUAGCUUAUGAGAUACAGAAGAAAGUGUACAAUACUAGUCGAGGCAUUUGAUAAAUUGAAAUACUGACGAGUCUAGUAAUUCGAUACGAAAUAUAUAUUAUAUAGCCCGCCGAUUAGUAAUAACGCGCGUUCAUCACACAUUUGGUCCCGCGGCCGCGGGUCGACUUUAUUAUUGUGUAUCUACAGGACGAUGAAGCCAGAGCUACGUCGUCGAUAACUAAUUACUUACUAGAUUGUAGUGUUAUUAAAAACGCGCGUACCACUUGUCAUUUCUUAAAUAUGUCAUUAAACCUAAAAAUAACUUUAUUAAUAAUGUAAUAAUACUUCCUGACUGUGCAGACAAGCAUGCGAUGGGAUAAAUGAGCCAUGCUAGUCUAGUUAUAAUUAGUACAGUAAAAGCUCUUUAUUCGCGGGGUAUAUGUUCCGUAAAUAUGCCGCGAACACAGAAACCGUGAAUACGGAAUGGUUUAUAUGGGAUUAUAAGGGAUAAGUUCCUAGGUGACAAAAUAAAACACAAACUUAAAAAAAAAACUAAUUGAAGUUUUUGACUAUACUUAUCAAUCAUUAUCAGGCUUAGGUUGCCUAAGUAUUAAAGAAUUUUGUAAUCUUUUCUUGCAUAACAGUUUUUAAAAGCUCCUUUAGAUCAAACUGAUACUCAGCAGUGGCAUUAGCAAUUUGCCUCUUAAAAAUAACACUUCGUUCCAUAGACGGAUCAAUUUUCAUAAAGAAAUCACAAAGCUCAUUUGCCAUUUUUAAACCUUCACUAAAAUUUUUUAAAUUAUAUGACACAUUUCCAGUGCUUGUUAAAACCUCUUCUUCAAUGGUCUGUGAAUUUAACAUUAAAAGGCAUAAAAGGCAUUUACUUUCUCAAAAUUGAUUCCUUUAGAAUUCUUUUUGAUGUCAUUUCUUAUACUACUAGAUACUACUACCGCUUCGGAAACAAAUGGCGCUCUGAGAGAGAAGAAGCGGCGCAAGAAACUCUCCCCGCAUUCUUUUUUUAUGCGCUCUUUUCAAUAAAAAUAUACAAUAUUGUACAGUCAUUUCUAUCGCUAUAUCGCUAUAUUUCUAUCCCAGGCUGUCCGAUCAUUUAGAUAUUCAGCAGUGGAGUAAUAGGAUUUACGACAGAGCCAUUUUUUUAUAAAACAUUUAAAUUUAUUUAUAGAUAAUGUCUGAACAGUGGCUGGGACUUUAUUGUAGAAGUGUAUACAUUUACCCUUAAAGCUAUUAUGUAUCUUAUGAAGCCCAUUUCCCAUCUCGUCCUAUUCCAUUCGCAAUUAUGCAACUAUGUAGGAAUUCUUUUUAUUGAUAUGCAUGUAUUAUGUACCGAUUACAUCCGCGAAUAAAGGAAUCUUUAGCCGCGAAUAUAGGAAUUGGGUCACAAUUUUUUAAUCCGUGAAUAGUGAAAGCGCGAAUAAGGAGCUUUUACUGUAUUAAAAUUUAAAUAACAGUAAUUACGCUAACAGUAUAUUGCGAUAGUUUCUAUAUUUUUAUUUGGUUAUAGAUUAUAGCGUAGUUGACUUGGAUCAGCUAAUGUUGUUUUUGUAGAUCUCUAAUUAUAAGUUCGUGUGUUACAAAUAUGAAUAACACAAUAUUCGCAUUCAUAGCGUACAUAUAGAUGUCGUAUGUAAUGUUAUAGAUAUGUUGUUGUCAGCCAACGAUCAUUAAAUAUAAUUGAGUCAUUGAUUCGUA